CUUAGUUUCCUCAUCUGUAAAAUGAGGUGAUUGGACUAGGUGACCUCUAAAGUCCUUUCCAACUCUACAUCUAUGUCAUAUAUAUGACAAAGGAUAAAUCCUGGCGGGCAAAGACAUAUCGAAGUUGGGUUUUCUACCAAUGCUUUCCAAAAGGUUCCAAGGGCUAAGACGUUAAGGUCCUGCUCCCAGCAGGGGACGCUGAAGAAAACUGUCCCUGCUCACUUGCCGUAAUCUCCUUCUCGCAACAGACUUAACCUCUGACCCCCAGAAGCCACUGCCAGAAAGAAAGAUGGCGGCGGCGUUGGCUGCGACUGGGCGUUUGCGGCAGGCCCUUCGGGGAGCACCGGGAUGGAAAAGCCCGUGCUCCCGAACCCGGACCCGCCGCCGUCAGCUCUCCUCAAGCCCUCCCCAGCCUUCAGCCUCGGCCGUGCGAACUGCCUUCCUUCAUUUCUUCCGGGACCGUCACGGCCACCAGCUAGUGCCCUCUGCUUCCGUACGGCCUCGAAACGACCCCGGCCUGCUCUUCGUCAAUGCGGGAAUGAACCAGUUCAAACCAAUCUUCUUGGGCACAGUGGACCCUCGUAGUGAGUUGGCACAGUUCCGGCGAGUAGCCAACAGCCAGAAGUGUGUCCGUACUGGCGGGCGGCAUAAUGACCUAGAGGAUGUGGGCCGAGACCUUUCCCACCAUACUUUCUUUGAGAUGCUUGGCAACUGGGCAUUUGGCGGUGAAUACUUUAAGGAAGAGGCCUGCAGCAUGGCCUGGGAGCUGCUGACGCAAGUCUACAGGAUUCCCCAGGACAGGCUGUGGGUUACCUACUUUGAUGGUAACCCUCUUGAGGGGCUGGCUCCAGACUACGAGAGCAGGGAUAUCUGGCUCGGCUUGGGGAUCCACAAAUGCCUGGCCCAGGUCUUGUCUCAGACCAUCCCAAAAGACCCAAAGUUGAAGCUGGCAGGCCACAGUUCAAGGGUACCUUCUACCCAGGUGCUUCCCUUUGGGCCACUGGAGAACUUCUGGGAAAUGGGGGAGACAGGACCUUGUGGACCCUGUACUGAAAUCCACUAUGACCUGUCAGGAGGAGUGGGCCCCCCCCAACUGGUAGAACUCUGGAAUCUGGUCUUCAUGCAGUACAACAGGGAGGCAGACAGAAGCCUACAACCUCUGCCCCAGCACCACGUGGACACUGGCAUGGGCCUGGAAAGGCUGGUGGCCGUGUUGCAGAACACACAUUCUACCUAUGAUACGGAUCUCUUCUCACCGCUGCUUACAGCUAUACACCAGGGCUGCAGGGCACCCCCAUACCGGGGUCGCAUAGGGGUGGCCGACGAGGGACACGUAGAUAUGGCAUAUCGUGUGGUGGCAGACCACAUCCGCACCCUGAGUAUCUGUAUGGCUGAUGGCGUUUACCCUGGCAUGUCUGGAGCCUCACUGGUUCUCCGCCAGAUCCUUCGCCGAGCGAUUCGUUUCUCCUCAGAGGUGCUGCAGGCACCUCCGGGCUUCCUGAGCAGCCUGGUACCCGUCGUGGUGGAGAUGCUGGGAGACGCCUACCCAGAGCUGCAGAAGAACACAGCCCAGAUUAUCAGCUUGGUAACAGAGGAAGAAAAUGCCUUCCUGUCUUCCCUAGAACGAGGUCGCUGGGUCAUCGAACGAACUCUGCAGAAGCUGGGCCCCUCUGACCUAUUCCCAGCUGAAAUAGCCUGGUCCUUGUCUGGGAACCUGGGGCUCCCCCUGGAUCUGGUGGGGCUGAUGCUGGAGGAGAAGAGUGUCCAGCUGGACUCAGCUGGUGUGCAGCAGCUGGCCCAGGAGGAGGCCCAGCGUCGGAGCCAAGCCCAACAGGCCAAGCCAGCAGAGAAAUUGGAAUUGUGCCUGGAUGUCCACGCCCUGGGCCACCUGCAGAAGCAAAGGGUUCCACCAACAGAUGACUCCUCCAAGUAUAAUUACUCAUUGCUUCCUAAUGGGUGUUAUGAAUUUGGAGCCUGUGAAGCUGAGAUAAUACGGUUGUAUAGCCUGGAUGGGGUGGCCAUAGGUUCAGCUGGAGGGGGUCAACGUUGCGGCCUCCUCCUGGAUAAGACCAGCUUCUAUGCUGAGCAAGGAGGCCAGUCUUCUGACCGAGGCUACCUGAUACGCAAAGGGCAACAAGAUGUGCUGUUCCCAGUAAUUGGGGCCCAGACUUAUGGGGGAUUCAUUCUGCAUGAGGUGAUAGCCCCUGAAACCUUGAAGGUUGGGGACCAGGUACAGCUGUAUGUGGAUGAGGAAUGGCGUCUGGGCUGCAUGAAGAAACAUACAGCCACCCAUUUGCUGAGCUGGGCGCUGCGGCAGGAGUUGGGCCCAGACGUGGAGCAGUGUGGCUCGCACCUCAGCCCCGAGAGACUUCGCUUUGAUGUGGCCACCCUAGCCCCAUUGACAUCCAAGCAGCUUCAGGCAGUGGAGGAAGCUGUCCGAGAGGCCGUGGGGAGGGAUGAGCCUGUAUAUAUGGCCGAGGUGGCUCUGGAGCUGACCACCCGAGUUCCAGGCUUACGCUCACUUGAUGAGAUAUACCCUGACCCUGUUCGGGUGGUGUCUGUGGGUGUACCUGUAGCCAGUGCCCUGGCCCCUGCCUCCCAGGCUGCACUGCACACCUCCGUAGAACUGUGCUGUGGCACGCACCUGCUGCGCACGGGGGCCAUAGGGGACCUGACUAUUAUAGGAGAACGACCGCUGUCCAAGGGCAUCAUCCGCUUGGUGGCUGUCACUGGGGAGCAGGCCCAGCAGGCCCGUGAUGUUGGCCAGAAUCUGGCUCAAGAGGUUGAAGCAGCUGCAGCUCGAAUGAGCCAGGGGAACCAGGAUGUCAGGGAGGCUCAGCGACUGUCAAAGGAUGUGGGACGGCUCAGUGAUACAGUGGACACAGCUGUGAUGCCCCAGUGGCAACGUCGAGAGCUGCAGGCAGUCCUGAAGAAACUGCAGCGUCGUGCCAACACUGCCAUCCGAAAACUGGAGAUAGGGCUGGCCACAGCAAAAACCCAGGAGCUACUGGAGAGACACCCUGUGGGGCCCUUCAUUGUGGACACAGUCCCAGCUGAGUCCCUCUCGUUGCUAGUGAAGGUGGUGAAACAGCUGUGUGAGCAAGUCCCUGGCACCUCCGUGUUACUGCUCAGUCCCCAGACCCCAGGGAAGGUCCUGUGUGCCUGUCAGGUGGCUCAGGAUGCAGUCCCCACCUUCACUGCUGAAACCUGGGCAUCGGUUGUGUGUAGCCAUAUGGGAGGCAAGGCCUGGGGCUCCCAAGUUGUGGCACAGGGAGCGGGGCACACUGGUGAUGUGGAGGCCGUGCUGAACGUUGCCCGAUCCUUUGCCCUCAACCAGCUCUAACCCAGGACUUUUGGAGUGAAGAGGAACAGGGCAGCUCAGUAGGGCAGAAGCCAGAGGCCCCAGUGCCUAAUGACUAAGAAACCAGGGAUGGAGACAGAAAAGCCACAGCAUAACUGUCUUGGUCCUUCCUCUGUGCCAACUUCCCCAUUGUGGGGCAGGGCAGGAGAAUUUGAACGGCGACCCUGGGAGGACCCCCACCUCCCACCCCCCACAACCAAGUGAAGAUGAAUCUGUCCAGCCUGAUCCUCAGCCCUGGCUCACAGGAACUAAGUGCUGGGCUUUACUAGGGGACGAACAGCUUUCAAAAGUUACUGGGAAGGAGAACGCUCUUUCCUUUCCCCUCCCAUCUCCGACUGCUCAGGGUGCUCAGUAGUACCCCGAUCGGUCACUUCUGCUUGUUCCUCAGGCCUGGCUGGGGGAGGUGUGGGACUUGGAACUGAACCUAGGAUCUGAGACCUCUGUCACCACUGACUCAGUCUGUCUGCAGACAGCAUCCAACCUGAGCAAGCAACAGGGAUGAACCCAACCCCCGUGGUCUGCAGAACUAAAAAUGUAAGGGUCUGAAAGCUCAGACCAGAGGGAAGAUUAAACAACACUUCUGCCCCAGGGCAAGCAGCUGAGUCCCUCCGAGGUCACAAAAGGACACCCUGGUGAAAUGAUAUCCUCUCUUCCUCCCUCAGUCUAGGCAUCUUUUGCUUCUGUCUCCUGGUAGCCUUUUCCAGACUCUACCCCCAAAUGCUUGGGAAACUGGGCAUUCUCUGGAGCCUUAAUGAGGGACAAGGGAGCCACUUAGGAUGGCUCCCCCUUCCAGGCCAGGGUCCCCAUAACUGGAUCUGGAUUGAUGGCUGAGCAUCAAAAUUUAAAAGGGCCACCUGCCUACCAGUAUCCAAAGAUGUAAUUUAAAGGUCUCUCCUCAAGUGGAGCUUGGCCCCUCCAUGGUGCAUUCUACUUGACAGCUGAUUUCUCAUUUUAAUUAAGAUGUUACUGAUUUAUUGAUUAAUCACUGCUGUGAGCCCAAUCGUCUCCAAAGUUCCCAGUGCCUGGCCCCAGUGUUGUUUACUCCUGCCCUGCCUAUGCCUCUGGGGUUUCCAAGUCUUCUAUUACGGCCAGGCUCCUCCUCCCUCUCAACCUCAUUAAGGACAUGAGCUCAUUGGGGGAGGGGGGAGCAUUGAAAAUGAAGGAAAAGAUGCUAGGAUUUAACCCUCCCUCCACUGUCCAAUCAGAUAACCCUCCUCAUGGGCCACACCCUAACCCCUUAGAAAAUGGAACUGGAGUGAGAUGCAGAGACCACAACCUCUUUUCAUUCCUGCCUCCUAGAAGCUGAGGGCUCUAGAGGGACUGGGUGGGGCCAGGCUGAGAAGGAGCCUGGGGCUAGGGAUUUACCACCUGCUUCCCUCUUGUAGGGAAAGGACUGCACAAAGGUGCUAGGGUUUAUUGUGACUGCUGAGGUGGGGAGGAGAGGUACACACACCUUGCUGAGCGUUCCUGGUUAUGGAAAUUAUUCCACAACUUUCCCUGAGGUUGGCCAGUGGGGAGAAGGGCAGGGGUUAGGGUUAGUCGGUGCAGUCUUCCAUCCCAUCUGCUGGGAAAAGGGACCUUAAGAGACCCUGGCAACACCCAUUUUCCUAAACCUUAAUCUCAUCCUAAAGGGGAUGGAAAAGCCAGAUGAGUUCUUCUACAGUCAGUCCCUCACACACAAAAGAAUAAGUUGCACAUGGGAAGCAUUUAAGUGUGCUCAGAGAGGGACAAAGCAUGUAAGUACACGCUGCGCAUACAUGUGUAUACAUCAUGCAGCACACUAAGACUGGACAAACUGCACAAGCACUCACACACACUCACUCUCCUUCCCUUAACAACAGCCUGCGUGCAUAGCAACCAAUGCAGAGCCUUCCGGUUGGGGGGAGGGGAGGUAUCUCCAUGGAGACAGAGCUGGGCAGAGGGUCCCAACUAAACUGAAGGCGGCCAAGGCAGCUGGUGAGGAGACCUUGGGGAUGGGAGGCCGACUGAUGUCCUUGUGCCCUGCUCCCCUCUAUGCCUAUGCCCCUAUUGUUCACCCUGUCCAGAUCUGUGUCUCCUCUCCCCACCCCCUCCCCUCCAUACCUCCUCCCCGUCUCCCCCUGGAUAAAAGAAUCCUGUUCUGCCCCUGUCUCCACCCUUAACUCUCUGGUCUCUUCUUUAGGAUAGCCUUUUAUGGCUUACUUUUUUGGUGGUACAGCUUCCCCAAAUUGAUCCCUCUUCUCUCUUGGUGGGGAAGGGGGAGGAGGGAGGAAGGCCUGGUAGUCCUAGCAGCAGCCACUUGAGAUCACCUCAUUGCCGAAGAAAGACACCCGAGUUCCCUUGUCCCCAGGGAGUGAUUAUUUACUUAACAGCGUCAUGGAGAGGGCUGGGCUGCCUAUGGAAGGAGGAAGGAGAAAAUGGAGAAAAGGACCUGGGGACAUCAUUAAUACUCAUGCCUCCGUCUUGUUCCUGCUCUGCUUCUAUAUCCCUUGGGACAGAGGCCCCUUUGGGGAGCCCUGACUUUCUUUUCCCAGCUUUUCUCCCUGCAGUCUCUUUCCCUUGACUACAGAGUAGGCUGAUGCAUCCUUUUCUCCUCACAGGAUGGGUGGACAGGCACUGCAAUGACCUUUAGAAAGCAGAAAGCUGAGAGGAAAAGCCCAGUAGGAGUUACCAGUAUUUGAGACAGAGUGAGGAAGGUUAAAAAAAAAAACCCUCAUUCAUUUUGGGUCAGUCCUGGAUUUGGGCCUGCUGAAGCCACAGGCAGGUUUGAGCAAGAGCCAUAAGCCUAGAGGACAGGGUAACCUGCAUUCACAGUGUAAUGUGGUGCCUGGGAUGGGAGGCAGGAAACCUGAGUGUGUCUCAGCUGCGUCCAUUACUAGCCUGUGACCUUGGCAAAUCAUUCAGUUUUCCAGCCAGUUGUCUCAUCUUUGUGAUGGGAAUUAUAUUUAUACUACAGACACUGUUGUGAGGAAAGCACUUUGUAAAUUCUGAUGUGUUGUAUAAACGUGUGUUGCCAUCA